AUUCAGUUUGUUUUAUGCACUGGUUGGCCGGGUGUGCAUGCGCUCCUGUCACGAGCAAAGGAAAGGGAAAUCGUUGUAAAUCCCAUUCAGUGCCUUGUCCAUCCUUUUGACUAAACGGGAAAGAAAAGACGUUUUUGUUUUUUUUCCCCUUUUCCUCAGCAUUUCGGCUCUGCCCUCUCUGUGCAGAGUAGGCUGCAGACAAGGCAUCGAUUGGCCGAGGUUCACCUGAGUCUCCCCACCAACCCACGGACAUUCAUUCACACCACCUCUCCACGGUCUCCAGCAGUAUUAAAUGUAACGAGUUCAUUUCUUUAUUUUUUAUUUUUUUAUAAGAAACAGCGCUCAAGCUUCUGCGCGUCUGGACCGGAGAUCUGGAGAUGAAGACAGACUUUACGCUUUUCUGUCGGACUUUGACUGGAAUAGCAUAUGCCGCAGGUCUGGUGAUUGGCUUUUCUAUGACUCCGCCCAUCCUCGACUGCUCCAAAGAAGACCUAGUGAUUCCAGUCCACGAAACCCUCACCAUUACAUGCAGGGGACAGCACACUCUGGCCUGGGCCUGGCCUGAUCACACUCUGGUGGGACAGGAGCUAACCGACCGCCAGGCCCAGCUGUCGACCACCAGGGCCCCCGGUCAGAGGGUCGCCUUGGUCAGCGAGUGUCCGGGGCAGCCUGGGAGGCCGUACUGCAAGCAGCUGGACCUGACCGGGACACGGGCCAAAGACACGGGCUACUAUCGCUGCUAUUACAAGGAUGUCAAGGCCGUCAUUGUCGGCACCACUGCCGUCAGCGUUUAUGUCUUCGUCAGGGACCCCGAACAGCCCUUCCUCAGUUACAGCCCCGAGAAUGACUUCGGAACUAUUUUAAUGACCCGCUCCUCCACCCACGUCGUAGUGCCAUGCCUGGUCACAGUGCCGGAUCUGAACGUCACUCUCCACGCGUAUCCCACGCCUCUGGAGAAGAGCGGGAUGACAUGGGACAACAAGCGAGGCUGGUCCAUUCCCAGACAGUUCGUGGACAGUAUGCCGAUGAUCAUCGGAUUGUCGUGUGUCGCCACGCUGGGAGGCAAAGAGUAUCAAUCUACCAGCUACCUGAUCCACAUGACAGGAAGUCAGAUUUACGAUUUCAAGCUGUUUCCUGAGGACCCAGUCGAGCUGAUAGUGGGGGAGGCCCUCACCCUGAACUGCACAGCGUUGGUGGAGUUUGACACUGGAGUGGACAUUCAGUGGUCUUACCCUCGCAAACAGCCCAACAGUUGGGAGGACACUCAGCCCCAUCGUGAAGCUCUGUCUCACGCCACAGAGGCUGUUAGCAUCCUGACCAUCCACAGUGUCAACGUCACAGACACUGGCCCGUACAGCUGCAACCUCACCACCACGGACACAACACAAACCCAACAAACACAGGUCAUAGUUUAUGAAAAGCCAUUUAUUAGCCUCAACUACAGAAAUGGACAAGUGGUGGAGGUAACUACCGGCCAGAAGUCGUUCAAAUUACAAGUGAAUGUGUCUGCCUUCCCCACACCCGAAACACAAUGGUAUAAAGAUGGAAAGCUGAUAAACCAGCGCCCAGAGUUCAGGAUGAAAAGGAUGAGGAUGCACCUUAACCAUGCUUUGGAGAUUAAGGAUGUCUGUCAGGAGGAUUCUGGGCUGUACGCGGUGGUGCUGAGGAACAGUGCCGCCGCGCUGGAGAGGAGGCUCAACAUUACGCUUGUGGUCAACGUUCCCCCACAGAUCCAUGAGAAAGAAGUGGCAGAUCCGUCCAGUCCUUACCCCAGUGACAGUAGCCAGACGCUGACGUGCACCGCCUAUGGUUUGCCCGCCCCCAAUGUCAGCUGGCAGUGGAGGCCCUGGGGCCCGUGUGUCCUCAACAGCACCCGGAGCAGACUGGUCCGGCGAGACAGGAGGGGCCGGAGUGACGGGAUCGCAGACUGUCAGAACUGGCAGGACAUUCAUUUGGAAAACGCCAUGAAUGAAAUCGAGUCCAUUGACACGUCGGUCGAAGUGGUGGAUGGCCGACAAAAGAUAGUGAGCAGGCUUCAGAUUGGCAACGCCAGUGUUUCUGUCAUGUACAAGUGUACUGCUGAAAACAAAGUCGGCAAAGAUGAGCGGCUGAUCUACUUCUAUGUAACCACCAUCCCUGAGGGGUUCAGUGUGGACGUGCAGCCCCUGGAUAAUCCCCUGGAGCAGGAGAAAGUGUCCUUGUCCUGCAGCGCUGACAAUUACACCUACGAGCAGCUGCAGUGGUACCGCAUUGACCCCAAGGCCUUGCAGGAUGAGCAGGGCAAGCACCAGGAGCUUGACUGCAGGAGCGUGCACCUCUACGCAUACACCCUUGACGGCCAGCUCUCCUUCCAGGAAGCCUCCAACAGCUGGGUCCUCGACUUCACCAUCCCCUCCGUGCAGCUGAUGAGGGAUGAGGGUCAUUAUGUGUGUGAGGCUCAGAGCAGGCGCAGUGGGGAGAAACAGUGCCUGUUCAGAUACAUCUCUGUGAAAGCCCCAGAGGCACCUCGGUACAAGCUCAGCCUCACCAACCAGACGGUGAAUGUGACCGAGUCUCUGCGGAUGGAGUGCGACGCAGAGGGCAGACCUCUACCCCUCCUCUCCUGGUUCAAAGACAACCAGCCUCUCCACCAAAUGUCAGGGAUCCAGCUGGAGGACUCAAACCGCACGCUGAGUAUCCAGCGGGUUACAGAGGAGGAUGCCGGUCUUUACACCUGCACCGCCUGCAACCAGGGCGGUUGUGUCCACUCCUCAGCCGCCGUCCAGGUCAUCGGUUCAAGUGACAAGGCCAAUGUGGAGAUCGUAAUCCUCAUCGGGACGGGAGUCAUUGCAAUUUUCUUCUGGGCAUUGCUCAUCCUAAUCUUCUGCAACGCAAAGCGGGUUAACCCGGCAGACAUAAAGACGGGCUAUCUGUCUAUCAUUAUGGACCCGGGGGAGGUGCCUCUGGAUGAGCAGUGUGAAUACCUGCCCUACGACUCCUCGCAGUGGGAAGUCUCCAGAGACAAACUGCGACUGGGAAAGGUUUUGGGACACGGUGCCUUUGGAAAAGUAAUUGAGGCAACAAUCUACAGCAUCAGCAAGAGCAACAGUUUGGACACAGUGGCUGUCAAGAUGCUGAAGGACGGAUCCACAGCCAGUGAGCACAAGGCCUUGAUGUCCGAGUUAAAGAUACUGAUUCACAUUGGUAACCAUCUGAAUGUAGUGAACCUGUUAGGAGCCUGCACCAAACCAAAUGGUCCACUGAUGGUGAUAGUGGAAUACUGCAAGUAUGGGAAUCUGUCUAACUUCCUACGAGCAAAGAGAGAGUUCUUCCUCCCGUACAGGGAUCGCUCUCCUAAAACUCAGAGCCAGGUGAGACGGAUGAUUGAGGCGGGUCAAAUGGACCAAAGAGCUCUCCACCCGCCCCCUCCCCGCUCCUCCCCGCUCACCAGUCCUCAGAGUCAGUCAUCCAACAUGCCCAGUGAGAAUCCCGCAGGGGAGAAAAUGGAGGACUUGUGGAAAACUCCUCUGACGAUAGAAGAUCUAAUCUGCUACAGUUUCCAGGUGGCUCGUGGGAUGGAGUUCCUGGCCUCCAGAAAGUGUAUCCACAGAGACCUGGCAGCCCGCAACAUUCUCCUGUCAGAGAGCAACAUCGUGAAGAUCUGUGACUUCGGCCUGGCCAGAGACAUAUACAAAGACCCCGACUACGUCAGGAAAGGCAAUGCUCGUCUGCCUCUAAAGUGGAUGGCUCCAGAGAGCAUCUUUGACAAAGUGUACACCACCCAGAGUGACGUGUGGUCUUUUGGAGUUCUCCUCUGGGAAAUCUUCUCACUGGGUGCUUCUCCGUACCCGGGAGUACAGAUUGACGAAGACUUUUGCAAACGAUUGAAAGAUGGCGUGCGGAUGAGGUCACCGGAGACUGCCUCCCCCGAAAUAUACGGCAUCAUGCUGGCCUGCUGGCACGGUGAGCCCAAAGAAAGACCAACCUUCCCUAACCUGAUGCAGAUCCUGGGAGACCUGCUGCAGGACAACAGCCUACCUGAUGGGAAGGACUACAUACCUUUGAACCACUCACAAAGCUCAGAGGAUGAUGGCUUCUCGCAGGCGUCCUCACGCCCUCCGUCUGAGGAGGAACUGAGACUGGUCGGCAACACUCUGCCCGCCAGGUAUUAUAACUGCGUGCCCUUUACCGGCUGUGUGUUUGUGGGACCCACUAAAUUAUGUCAGCCUAGAGUGAAGACAUUUGACGAGUUUCCUCAGGGGAUGCAGCCACAGAAAGCUACUCAAGAUAACCAGACAGACAGCGGGAUGGUUCUGGCUUCCGAAGAAUUCGAGAGAAUUGAACACGAGCACAGGGGCGCCGUCUCAAAAAGUCGUAUGGGCAGCAGCAGCAGCACAGAGCCGCUGACAGCCUCCCAUGGUUCCCUGGGUCGAAGCAGUGGCGCCGGCAGCUCCAGGCACCGUCCCAACUUCUUCAGCCAGCUUUCAGGACAGACCUUCUACAACAACGAGUACGGACACCUGUCCGAGGAAGGCUUCUGCGACUUCUUCUCCUCGCCCGACGCUCCCUGCCUGGCCUCCUCCAACGUGUAAUCUAACCAAAGAUGCAGCUCGAGAGAAUAUAAGGGGGUUGAAAUAGUGGGUCAGGUCAAGGGAGGCGUGUAGGUUUUAGUAACAUGUAACUAGUCCUUUAUAAAUGAAGAUCGGGUUAUAGAUCCUUGGGACCAGAGCUCACCUCUACUCAUCUCUUCCUCUCGGGCGGCUGCCUCAACAAACAGACUGAGCUAUAUGUGCCUGAACAUCCUCUAACCAGCCACUGGGUGGCAGCAUUAUGACACAAACAAACCUGAAGUAUUUUCUUUUCACACAUUUAGAAUUUUAUCUUUUAUAUAUAGAGUAUUCUUCCUUCAUUUGUACAAACUAUGACUAAAAUGGGGAGAAAUAAAGAAAUGUAUCUUGUCAUUGAGUGGAGGUGGUGAAGCUUGAUUACGACUCGACGCCAUUAACAUUAAUUAAAAGUGACGGAGGUAAACGGAGGAUGUAGGGCGAAUAAAAAGGAGUGAGUCACGCUAAGCACCUCUUAUCAGAGCUGGACGUAAGCAUGACAGCUGUGACAGUUUAACACCCUCUUACAUGCUCACAUCACAAACGUCAACUUGCAGGGUGUUGAUUCUGGCUGCCAGUGAGCAGCUUCUGGGUGCAAAGUCCUCGUUGUACACACACACUAUUACAGCUACUAGAGCUCAGUUCAUGUUUCAAAAUCAGAGGUCGAAAUGUUCCAUUUUCAGCUUCUAUGAAUAAUUGUUGAUUCCUGGAUACAUUUAGGUAAACCAUCAGUUUCAGGUGAAAAAGGGGUUCAAGCAGACAACUUUGAUGCGAAAUAAUCAUCUUUUAAAGCAGCAGCUCACUUCAUUCUUAAAACCAGCACUCCCUGACUAACUAUUUUAGAGUUUAUUAUAAAAUGAUAGGGAUAGUACUCCCUCUUAGACUCGUAAAAGAGCAAAUCCUUAAAACUGAGGAAAUAAAACUUGUCGAACGGCUGGCAGCUGGCUUAUAGAAACCUGAACACAUGGAGCACACAACAGUGAUUUCUAUGGUGCCUUUACUUGAGGAACACAUAGCAUUACAGAGCAAUUUGAGGCGGAACAGGAAGUGGAUGACCUUAGCAGUAGAAAGAGCAGUUUCUAAGGGCUUGUGAUUAUCACUGUUCUCCAUUAGAGUCUUUUAAAACAGUACAAAAGAAAGAAAAAUGACCAAAGAGGACAAACACCUUGGCCUACAAGUUCUCUCCUUACAAAACCAAAUCUCUACAAUUUACAACGUCAUAGAAACUCAAUGAGUUCACAUACCGUGUAAAAAAAAAAAACAGAAAAACUGAAUCAUUUGCUCUCUUAGAAAAAAAAACAGACAUUCACUAUAUUUAUGCAGUAAUUCAAAUGCAUUGGGGAAAAAGCCAAAACUAGGAUAUCAAACAGCAUUGAUGAAAUAUUGGUAUAAAUUGACUGAAAGAUAAACAAUGAUCAAUGUAUUAAAAAAAGAAAUCUCUUAAAAAGUGAAUCUACAAAACAAGUUGUAACAGCAGCCGUUGAAACAGACACAUGAGAGCUGAUGGUAACCCUGUGCGGUGGAAGAGUAAACCCAAAGGCACAUGCAGUGAAUACUGGAGAUACAGUAAGAGGUCACAUGAUUCAAAAUGCAGUUUUAUGGACAGCGUGACCUACGGAAACACUUUAAAGUUCAGUCUGGUCUUAUCAACCAGAACACUUCCUUCAAAUGAUAAUUCCCUUUUUGCGGCUUACAAACAAAACAAGUACAGUUAGACCAAUACUGUUUUUUAAACGUUUUAAAAUGAAUUUAAACACUUCGUUAUGUCUGUAAAUCAUUCAGCCAUAACUUGAAAACUUCCCUAUGAUUGAAUAUAUGUGGGGGUUUGUGUCAAAUUGUGCACCAAACGUUAAAAAAAAAAAAGAUUGAAUGUCAGAUUUUUGUUUUUUUUAUACUUCAAAGAAAAUCAUGUACAGACUUCAAAUACCCAGACUGGUUGAACCCUGACACACAGUACUUGAUCUCCACAGUAACAAAAGAGCUUCCCUCUCCUCUCCUCUCCUCUCCCGACACUGAAGACGGAGGAAGCAGACAUGUGAUAGUCUGCGUCCACACGUCAUCAGAGCAGAUGGAGCCUGAGAGGAGCUUAAGUAACUGAGCCGUGUAGCCUGGUAGUUA